AUGGGAAACGUCAUUGAAUCGUUUGCUUCGGGCUUGGGACAGGCUACUGGUAAACUAUUUAGUUCUCCGAUUGAAUUUCUUUCUGGAAAGUCUUGCAGCUCAGCGUGUGGACCAACAUGGGAUUUCAUGUGCUAUAUCGAAAAUUUUUGCAUUGCCAAUAUCCUAAAAUUAGCCAUGGUAUUCAUGCUAUCGUACGUUGUUCUGUUGUUCUUCUAUCUGGUGCAUAAAUUGGGCAUAUGUGGAUGUCUUUGCCGGUCUUCUUGCAAAAUGAUAUGGGCAUGUUUCUCUUCGUGUUUCCGUCUUUGGGAGUAUUCUUGCACUUUCUUGUGUAUUAAGCUACACAAUAUCAGGAGAACGAGGAGAAUAAGAAGAAGGGUAAGAAUGGACAUGAAAAAAAAAUUGUACUCAGGUGAAAGCCUUUCGCACCAUUUUUCAACACAUACAAAAAUGAGCAGAUCAAUUUCGCGUAGUAGAGAUUAUAAAGCCUCUCACCUAAGAAAGUCUUUGCAACCAAGGAGACAUCAUGCUAGGGUUGAAAUUAGUAGAGAUCUUAGAUGUAAAAGUAAAAGGAAUCAUAGUCUUGGAGAGCCCAGUUUCACAAGCAAUGCCAUUAAGCAUGACAAUCACAUAGGCACAAGCAAUCACAUAAAGGUAAUCCGUACAUCUAAGUUUGCAAGAAAAGGUAUAUCUAGAAGGAAUAGAGUUCUGCCGAGACAGAGAAGUAGAAUCUCUUAG